AUGGACAAAUAUACAUUAAAUCAAACAUUUUCAUUUGAUUUACAAAUUGCCAGUUUUGACAUCCACCCCUCAGCUGAAUACCCUAUUUUCAUUAUAGGCCUUUUGGUUUACUUAUUUUCUGUCCUCUCAAAUGUGAUGAUCCUGGUGCUGAUAGUUACUCAGAGAAGUCUCCACAGACCGAUGUUUUACAUCCUCUUCAGCCUGCCAUUGAAUGACCUCAUUGGAAUUACUGCAAUGCUUCCCCGUGUGCUUGUGGACAUUGUGAUAAAGAAAAACACUGUAUAUUACCCACUCUGUGUCUUUCAGGGUUUUUUGCUCCAUAUGUUUGGUGGUGGCACCCUAUUUGUAUUGGCAGCAAUGGCAUUUGAUCGAUAUAUUGCUAUAUGCAAGCCACUGAGAUACCAUUCCAUCAUGACACCUCUAACUGUUGCUGGGAUAUUGUCAUUGGCAUGGGGGUUAGACUUGGCCAUGAUUUUGGUUCUGUUUAUCCUUCAGGCUAGACUGCGUAGAUGCAGAACUUUGAUAAUGAAUGUAUACUGUAGCAAUUUUUCUUUGCUAAACCUGUCCUGUGGAGAAGACAUAACAGUCAAUAAUGUUUAUGGAUUAGCAAUAACAGCAUUAAUGCAUAUCAUCACUAUAACAGUACAGCUAUUCUCAUAUAUCCAAAUCUUAUUGACAUGUGUCUUUAACAAACAAUCAGAUGCCAAAACAAAAGCUGUGAACACCUGCUUAGCACAGAUAAUAGUGUUUCUGAUUUUUGAGUUUGUUAGUUUGUUCACAAUACUGUCCUACCGGUUUCCAAAUAUAUCCACAAAUGCCAGAAUGGUCUGUGGGAUGAUGAUUUUUCUGAUUCUGCCUGUUUUCAAUCCCAUUAUUUAUGGAGUGAAAACUAAGGAUAUUAGAAUAGCAUUCUCUCAGGUAGUUAAGAAAAGAAGGCUUUGA